CAGUGACUUGCACGACUUCAACUCUCCUUCAUCUGUCUCCCGUGCAUUAUUUUAGAUGGCUUCUAAAGCAGCCACCAAGGCGGUUGAUUUCGCCCGUCUCUACUCUUCCUUGGGCCUCGGCAAGGAGACCGUCGCCUCCCUCCAGGCCUUCCGCAAGCGCCACGCCGAGGCGCAGAGGGCACACGCGCAGCUGAACUCCCAGCCGACCACCGUCGACCUCUCGCACUACCGCUCGCUCCUCAAAAAUAAAGCUGUCGUUGAUGAAGCCGAGAAGGUCCUGAAGGACUUCAAGCCGGUCACCUACGACGUUAACGCACACGUCAAGGCUAUCGAGACCUUUGAGACCAAGGCUGUUGCUAAGGCUCAAGAGACCGUUGACCGCAUCGAUGUCGAGUUGAAGGAUCUCCAAGCGACUCUUGCCAAUAUUGAGGAGGCCCGACCCUUCGAGGACCUCACUACCGACGACGUCAUCGACGCGCACCCGUACAUCGCGCAGACCCUCGAGAACCGUCUCAAGAAGGGCAUGUGGACCGUGCCCGGAUACAAGGAGAAGUUCGGCGACCUCUCUCUCAUGUAGACAGCAACUACGACCACCUUGUAUCCACAAGUAUAAUACACUUGCUUGCGUUCUGGGCGACAUCCACUUGCUUGGCCGAGAUUACCACAAAUUGCUAAGCAGCACAGAUAUUUUCACUUGUUAUCACUG